AUGGGUUCAGAUCUUACCAUGGCAGCUUGCAGAAUUGUCAUGCUCGUGCCCAGUGCCCCUGGUUUGAGCCGGGCUGCCUUGCCGUUCGGUCUGAUGCGCCGGGAGCUGGCAUGCGAAGGGUACCCCAUCGAGCUGCGGUGCCCGGGGAGUGACGUCAUAAUGAUCGAGAGCGCCAACUACGGGCGAACCGACAGCAAGAUCUGCGAUGCCGACAUCUUCCAGAUGGAGAACGUCGAGUGUUACCUUCCCGACACGUUCAAGAUCAUGUCACAAAGGUGUAACAAUCGCACGCAGUGUGUGGUGGUCGCAGGAUCGGAUGUCUUCCCUGACCCUUGCCCAGGGACCUACAAAUACCUGGAGAUCCAGUAUGAGUGCGUCCCCUACAAAGUGGAACAAAAAGUAUUCGUCUGCCCUGGGACGUUGCGAAAGGUCUUCGAGCCGACUAAUGUCUUCGAGUCGGAGCAUGAGGCUGGCGCAUGGUGCAAGGAUCCGCUUCAAGCCGGCGACCGCAUUUACUACAUGCCGUGGAUCCCGUACCGCACCGAUACACUGACAGAAUACGGUUCAUGGGGGGACUAUACCGCCGGCCGGCCCACCACCUCUUACCGCCUGCCCCACCGCGUGGACGGCACCGGCUUCGUGGUGUACGACGGCGCCGUCUUCUACAACAAGGAGAGGACUCGUAACGUGGUGAAGUUCGACCUGCGGACCCGCAUCAAGAGCGGCGAGGCCAUCAUCGGUGGCGCCAACUACCAUGACACCUCGCCCUACCGCUGGGGGGGCAAGACCGACAUCGACCUGGCUGUCGACGAGAACGGGCUGUGGGCCAUCUACGCCACCGAGCAGAACAACGGCAAGCUGGUGGUGAGCCAGCUCAACCCCUACACCCUGCGCUUCGAGGGCACCUGGGAGACGGUGUACGACAAGCGCUCGGCCUCCAACGCCUUCAUGGUCUGUGGCGUCCUCUACGCCGUGCGCUCCGUCUCCAAGGAGGACGACAGCGAGGUCAUUGGCAACACCAUUGAUUUUGCCUUCAACACCAACCUGAACCGAGAGGAGCCCGUGUCCAUCGCCUUCCCCAAUCCAUACCAGUAUGUCUCGUCUGUAGACUACAACCCCCGGGACAAUCAGCUCUACGUCUGGAACAACCAUUUUGUGCUGAGGUACUCGCUAGAGUUUGGACCCCCCGACCCCACCACAGCACAAGUCACAGUGGCUGCCACAAGCAACACGGCCGCAGCAAAGCCAACCUUGGUAACCACGACAACCACUACCAGGAAAGCUCCCCUCACCACCAUCGCCGUGGGCGCAAUUAACCAGCUGGUACCGGAUCAGCGGCCCGUCACUCCCAAUAUACCCAACACCAGGCGGACACCUCUAUCCAACCAACUGCCGUCACCACAGAGAUACUGUGAGCCGACAGAGGCCCGGGGCAUAAAAUGGCCGUCGACACAGCAGGGUGUACUGGUGGAGCGACCAUGUCCCAAAGGAACAAAAGGUAUCGCCUCCUACCUCUGCCUGGUUUCACUCGGACUCUGGAGCCCAAGAGGACCAGAUCUCAGCAACUGCACCUCGCCCUGGGUAAACCAAGUGGCACAAAAGAUAAAGAGUGGAGAGAAUGCAGCUAAUAUUGCGAACGAGCUGUCUCACCACACCAGAGGCCCCAUUUAUGCUGGUGAUGUUAGCUCCUCUGUCAAACUAAUGGAGCAAUUACUGGAUAUCCUCGAUGCCCAGCUGCAGGCUCUGAGACCCAGCGACAAGGAGUCAGCAGGACGGAGUUACAACAAGAUUCAAAAACGGGAGAGGACCUGCAGAGCAUACAUAGAGGCUGUGGUACAGACUGUGGACAACCUGCUGAGACCAGAAGCUCUGGAAUCCUGGAAAGAUAUGAACACCACGGAGCAGGUUCAUACGGCAACCAUGUUACUGGACAUCUUGGAGGAGGGGGCCUUUCUGCUGGCAGAUAACCUCAAGGUGCCAGCUAGAGUCAACACCACCACGCAGAAUGUCGUGUUUGAAGUCUGUGUGCUCAAUACUGAAGAGCAGGUAAAGGAGCUGACAUUUCCAAAUGGCUAUCUGGCAGAAAGCUUUAUCCAGAUCUCCCCGAAUACCAUCAAACAGAACAGCCGCAAUGGGGUUGUGAAGGUGGUGUUAAUCCUGUACAACAACCUGGGCCAGUUUCUGUCGACGGAGAAUGCCACGGUGAGGAUGGGUGCAGACAUCAGUAGCCAGAGCACCUCCAUCGUCGUCAACUCUCAGAUCAUUGCCGCUUCCAUCAACAAGGAGUCAAGCCGGGUCUUCCUCACCGAGCCGGUGAUCUUCACCCUGCAGCACCUCGAUUCAAAAAAUCAUUUCAAUGCAAACUGCUCCUUCUGGAAUUACUCGGAGAGAACCAUGAUGGGAUUUUGGUCCACACAAGGCUGUCGACUGAUUGAAAGCAACAGAACUCACACCGCCUGUGCGUGCAGCCACCUCACCAAUUUUGCAGUGCUCAUGGCUCACAAGGAAAUUCUGUAUGAAGAUCGCAUGCACAGGCUGCUGCUGUCCGUUAUCACCUGGGUGGGCAUCGUCAUCUCACUGGUCUGCCUCACCAUCUGUAUCUCCACGUUUUGCUUCCUUCGUGGGAUUCAAACAGACCGCAACACCAUUCAUAAGAACCUCUGCAUCAACCUCUUCAUUGCAGAACUCAUCUUCCUGAUUGGCAUCAACAAAACCCAAUACCAGAUCGUGUGCCCAAUAAUCGCUGGUUUCCUUCACUUCUUCUUCCUGGCAGCCUUCUCCUGGAUGUGUCUGGAAGGUGUCCAUCUCUACCUCAUGCUGGUCGAAGUCUUCGAGAGCGAGUACUCCAGGAAGAAGUACUAUUACCUCUGCGGUUACUGCUUCCCUGCGCUGGUGGUUGGGAUCUCCGCUGCAGUGGAUUACAGGAGCUACGGAACUGAGAAGGCAUGCUGGCUUCGAGUGGACAACUACUUUAUCUGGAGUUUCAUUGGACCCGUGUCCUUUGUUAUUAUGGUGAACCUGGUGUUUCUGAUGAUCACCCUGCACAAGAUGGUACGAAGCAACAGCUCCCUGAAGCCAGACUCCAGCCGGCUGGAGAACAUCAACAAUUACCCCAUAUGUGAUGGCUACUAUAGUAUGGAUUUGCCAGGAUAUGAGGACAACAAACCAUUUCUCAAGUCCUGGGCUUUGGGUGCCAUCGCUCUCCUUUUCCUGCUGGGUCUCACCUGGGCCUUUGGCCUGAUGUUUAUCAAUGAGGAGUCCAUGGUGAUGGCCUAUCUCUUCACAACAUUCAACGCCUUCCAGGGAAUGUUCAUCUUCAUUUUUCACUGCGCUCUCCAGAAGAAAGUGCACAAGGAGUACAGUAAGUGCCUGCGGCACGCUCACUGCUGCAGCCGCCCCACUGCCGGCGUCUCCCACGGCAACCUGAAGACGUCCACCAUCCGGAACAGCAGCCGGUACUACACUGGUACUCAGAGCCGGAUCCGGAGGAUGUGGAACGACACUGUUCGGAAGCAGUCGGAAUCUUCCUUCAUGGCCGGAGACAUCAACAGCACUCCGACCCUAAACCGAGGAACUAUUGGCAAUCACCUGCUGACCAAUCCUGUUCUGCAGCCUCGUUCUGGUGCCAGCCCCUACAAUACGCUAUUGGCCGAAUCCGUUGGCUACAGUGCUCCCUCACCCACUGUCUUCAGCUCACCAGGAACCUACAGAGAGACAAAGCACCCAGUGAACAUCACCAGGGACCCGUGUGCGGUGGACACGCUGCCUCUCAACGGCAACUUCAACAACAGCUACUCCUUCCGAAACGCCGAUUUCACUGCCGACAGCACCCCUCUCGCUGACUGCCGCCGUAACCUCAGCGAUGCCGCCUUCGAGAAGAUGAUCAUCUCCGAGCUCGUCCACAACAACCUGCGACCGGGCAGCAAGACUCUCCCUGGCGAGCAGGGGGCACCGGUCAGCGGGGGCGGCGGAGGAGGUGGAGGAGGAGGUAGUGGUGGUGGUGGUGGGGCCACCAGCAGCGAAGACGAUGCCAUCGUCCCCGACGCCCCCUCGCUGACCCAGGAGGACAACAUUGAGAUCGAGCUGAUGUACAAGGCCCUGGAGGAGCCGCUGCUCCUGCAGCGGGCCCAGUCACUGCUCUACCAGAGCGACCCAGAACUGGAGGAGUCCGAGAGCUACACCGCCGAAAUCACGGACGGGCUGGACGGGCAGCUGCAGUCCCCGAACAGAGACUCCCUCUACACCAGCAUGACCAACCUUAGAGACUCCUCCUACCCUGACAGCAGCCCAGAGGCGAUCGGGGAGACCGCGACCCGUUCCCAGGGCAACGACGAGAUCUACUACAGCUCCAGGCCCAACCUCGUGUUCAGGAGCCAACUCCAGGCCUACUACCAGUCCAGGAGAGGUAGCAACGACGGCUAUGUGGUGUCAGUCAAUGUGGAUGACUCUGUUGCAGAAAGUGACGGACAAAUGCAACUGGUAACUAGUCUCUGAAACGA